CCUCCUCCCCAUCACACGCUUUGUUCCACUAUAAAAUUGUGCCUACACAGCCUCCUAGAGGUCCAUAACCAUCUCUCUCAUUCCUUUUCUUCUCCAAAAUGGCCCAAGACAAGCAUGGCUUGACUGGAGUAUCAGAUUCUGGCAAUCACAUUUCCAUCUUAAAGAAAAACAAGAGACUCGUCUUAGCCAGUUUUGCUGCUUUUUUUCUAGUUGCCACAAUAGCCGCCGUUGUCACCGGUGUAAAUUCACACAAGAACGGCAAGAAUGAAGGCGCUCAUGCCAUCCUCAAAUCCGCCUGCAGCUCCACUCUUUAUCCUGAAUUGUGCUUCUCAGCUAUUGCCACUGUCCCUGGAGUCACUAGCAAUUUAGCUAGCCUAAAAGAUGUUAUCGAACUUUCCAUAAACCUCACCACCAAGACUGUUCAACAAAAUUAUUUCACUGUAGAGAAGCUCAUAGCCAAAACCAAACUCACCAAAAGAGAAAAGACUGCCCUCCAUGAUUGUUUGGAGACUAUAGACGAGACUCUUGAUGAGUUGCACGAGGCUCAGGUGGAUAUCAAUGGGUACCCCAACAAGAAAUCGCUCAAAGAACAAGCUGACAACCUCAAAACCCUGUUGAGCUCUGCCAUAACCAACCAAGAAACAUGCUUGGAUGGUUUCUCUCACGAUGGAGCAGAUAAAAAGGUGCGAAAAGCUUUAUUGAAGGGUCAAACCCACGUUGAAAAAAUGUGCAGUAAUGCACUGGCAAUGAUCAAGAACAUGACAGACACGGACAUUGCCAACGAGCUCCAGAACACAAACAGGAAGCUCAAGGAGGAAAAGGAAGGUAAUGAAAGAGUGUGGCCGGAGUGGAUGUCAGUAGCAGACAGGAGGCUGCUGCAGUCAUCAUCCGUGACUCCAAAUGUGGUGGUGGCAGCCGACGGAAGUGGGGAUUACAAGACAGUAUCAGAAGCAGUAGCUGCUGCACCAAAGAAAAGCAGCACGAGGUACGUAAUUCAAAUCAAGGCCGGAGUUUACAGGGAAAAUGUGGAAGUACCAAAGGAUAAGCAUAACGUAAUGUUCUUAGGAGAUGGAAGAAAAACAACCAUCAUUACAGCAAGUAGGAAUGUGGUUGAUGGCAGCACAACCUUCAAGUCUGCCACGGUUGCUGCGGUAGGUCAAGGGUUCCUAGCCAGGGGCGUAACUUUCGAAAACACAGCUGGUCCCUCUAAGCACCAAGCCGUGGCGCUGAGGGUCGGGUCUGACCUCUCAGCAUUUUACGAAUGUGACAUGCUAGCCUACCAAGACACCCUCUAUGCCCACUCAAACCGUCAGUUUUUCAUAAAUUGCUUCAUAGCAGGCACCGUUGAUUUCAUUUUUGGCAAUGCUGCUGCUGUUUUCCAGGACUGUGACAUCCAUGCUCGACGCCCCGAUUCAGGCCAAAAGAACAUGGUAACAGCCCAAGGCAGGACUGACCCUAAUCAGAACACUGGCAUUGUGAUUCAAAAGAGUAGGAUUGGUGCCACUUCUGACUUGCUACCUGUUCAGAGCAGUUUCCCAACGUAUCUUGGGAGGCCCUGGAAGGAGUAUUCAAGGACUGUCAUCAUGCAAUCAUCCAUAACUGAUGUGAUACAACCAGCCGGGUGGCACGAGUGGAGUGGCACCUUUGCACUGAGCACAUUGUUUUAUGCAGAGUAUCAGAAUUCUGGGGCUGGUGCUGGGACCUCCAGUAGGGUCACAUGGGAAGGAUACAAAGUGAUUACAAGUGCAACUGAGGCUCAAGCGUUCGCCCCUGGAAAUUUCAUUGCUGGCAGUAGCUGGUUGGGGUCUACCUCCUUCCCAUUCUCUCUUGGUUUGUAAACUAUAUGUAUUGUCUUCGUGGCGCAACCAUGUUGCAUGUACUUCUAGCAGUGUUGAUCGGGUGUCUUGUGUGGCCAGUGAGCACGUGUUUUCACAUGUUGUGUUUUCUAAGCCUCCGAAAUCAAACAAGUGAUGAGAAAUGUCUGACUCACAAAGAUUGAUAGUCGAGAUUCCAUAACCUAUUCAACAAUCUCUCUCGAGAUCAUUGAUUAUUUUAUAUGAUUAAGAAAAUAUAUGAUUAUGUGUGGUGAUUGUCAGUCAA